UUUUUUUCUUUUCCAGUAGAAGUAGCAUGUAAGUAUUUUAUAAGUCUGUAAUCAAAAAAAGAUGCCACAGAAUUUCAGCUGGUGUCAGACAGCUAGACUUCAAUAUGGUGGGGUAUAUUGUCUGGUUUUUUGCUUCAGACACGCUGGAAGUUCUGAACUAAAAGACUUGCCUGCCUGAUACAGUUGUUACUUCUUUUUUGGGUGAGAGCAGCUUUAGGGCCUUGUGGAUGGAGUCAUGUGCAUGUAUGCUCUAUCGGCAUGCCUUCUUGAGUAAAAUUAAAAAAAAAAAUUACUUGCAGAAUGAAGUGAGUACCAUAUAGAACAAAUGAACAGGAGUCUGUGGCAGCACAGUAACUGGUACAGUUUCUGGAUGUAACCUUGUCCUCUUUUGCUCUGAUACAUGGUGGAUAAGUUGCAAAAUGAAGAGUUUUGAAUGGCUGAUGCGAUUUUUAAGAAAUUAGUAGAGUAGUUGCAAUCUUAAAGGCAUAUUAAAUGCAGUGUGUGUAUUUGGUCAGGAUGGACCCUGCAGUAAUGGUCUAAUCACAGUGAAUUGGGAGCAUGCAUUUGAGAGGAAAACUUUGUUACAAAGUAACUACUUAAAAGCAUGCUCAUCAAAAAUGUUUUAAACGCCAUAAAGACUCUUAAUUACAGCCUUAGGCUCCUUGUGUAGCUGCUUCUUUUGAAAGAUCGUAUUUCUAUUUAUGUCAGUCAUUGUGAUCAAAGUGAAGAUUUUUAGGGUAGAUCUGAAGUAUAAAUCCAUAAUCAUGGUCUAAACAGGAUAUCAGAACUUCUGGGAUGUUACGUUGUUUCCUUCCAUAUAAGGAUGGUUUAAUGAAGCCUCUGCGAAAUUUUGGUUCAUGGGAGUGUUUGUUUAUAACACCUAAGGAGCAGAAGAUGUGAUACUACGAUAAGAAGGUGGAUGCAUGUGAGAGAGGUGACUCGGCUUGCCACUUUGGGACACUGUCAUGGAAGUUUAAUAUGAAAGUGUUAGUCUUUCUCAACUUUCCUUCAUUCUGUAAUGCUGAACUUCUAAAUCCCAUUUUUGUUAACUUUUGGUCAUGACUUAGACAAGAACAGCCUAUUCACAUGUUUGUUGACAUGUGCCUAAAGGUUUUGGAUCCAAUCCUGGAUGCUGUUCAGUGAUAGUUUUGUCCUUAUGUUAGGUCUGCUUAUUUAGGAAGGGUCUUGUGAGGGAAUGUUAAUUAAACAGUGCAUAGUGUAAGCUGUAGUUAAAACAGUCUGAAUUAGAAAGUAUUGCACAGGAGGAAUAUCAAGUUCUUAGGCUGUCGGUACUGCUAGAUCUUUACAGCUUUUUAUUUCCAGUUUUCUGUUAAUCAGGUUUUCCCCACUGACAGCAUCUGUCAGAUGGUAGAUAUUUCCAGCAAAGUCACUUUGCACCUUCUCUGCAUCUCUUAGUUAAGGGUGAGAAGGUGGUACAGGAUGGGAACAUAUCAGCUGUGAAGUUACUGAGAAGACUGAUUCUUCUUAAACACCUUUCACAGAUGUUGCAUUUCCAUGCACUUUGUUAAUCAGCCUGUUGUUCUCAUUUUUAUUUCCAUAGGUCCAGAUCCAGCACUCAGUGUCUGAAUAAAAAGGAAUGUCGAGUGGAUAACCUAUGUGAUGGGAAAGCAAAGGAAAACGAUGUACUGUUAACUACCUGGGCUGUCUAAUUUUUGUGUGCGCUCUUUUUACAGUAUUUUUUUAAGCAGUUGCAUAAAAUUCUGACUUGUGAGAGUGGAUGCAUAGUAGGGAUACAUGUAUGCAGAAAUAAGAAUAUCUUUGAGAAAUACACUGCUGUGAAUGGAUAAGAAGAGAUGUGUGAUUGCUCACUACUAGUUUUCAGUCUCAAUACUUGUGAAAUAGUUUAGUAGCAAUUUGUAUUGAGAGCUAACUAAUGACACAGAUAAAAAGUAUGGUUCUGUGUAUGUUUUUUUAGGGUAUUCCAUGAUGUUAAGGUUUCUUUUUUAAAUACCUGGUUUCUAAAUUGGAUAAUAAAACACAGUGAGUUGCAAUGGUUGUUUUUAUCUGCUUCCCCCACCUUUUCCAGUAUAUAUGUUUUCUUCUUAUCCUAAUUAUGCAUGAGGGGAUGGCCUCUUCAGCUGGUGAAGAAUUAUCUCUAGCAUUUUUUUGGCUAAUUUUACAAAAUGGAAUGUAUUGACUCAUAUACAUUAACUUUGACUUACUGUAAGUAUACUAGUUUUGGCUAGUAUUAGCUAAGGCCAUAGUAGUCCAGUAAAGACUUACAGACAGAUCUGUAAUUCCUUAAAAAUCAGAAAGAUGGGUGGUGAAGAACGUAGAAGUCUAGGUGUAUUAAGAUGCUGGAGAGGCUUGUCUGGGCCCUAUAAAAUAGACGCAUCAAACACAAUGUUCUGUUUGUAUUAAUGAUUUCAGCUUAUAAAGAAUAAUCCUUAGACAUAAAAGUAUAAAUUGAGGUCCUAGAUUUUUUAGAUAUGUUGAUUGAUAGGCUUGUGCGUUUUGAUGGUAUGUGCAAUUCAGGUGUGAGUAGGUACAAAUGGAAGGUGAAUGAGUAUCUAAUUUUCUAACUUUCUUUAUGUUUUUCUUUUAAAAAUCUGUUGGAUAAAAUCCUCUGAUUUAAUUUUCAGAACUUAAAAUUUUGGUUCUUUUUGUAUUUGACCAGGAAAACUAUUAAUUCAGAAACUAGUUUGCGUGUGGGUGGGGAAAAAAAUGUUUGUUCAGGUCCAGAAUCUCUAAAAUAAAAACAGUGGCUUAGUUUAGAAGAUGAAUUAACAAACAAACAGUAUAAGAUCUUCCACAGUUACACACAGAUGCUCCUUUCCAGUCAGAGGUAUUGAAUACCUCUUAUGUAAAGUCUCUUGUUUUCUGAAACUUAGGCAUUUAAGUGACUUGAUUUUUGUACCUAGUUCAGAAACAAUCAGCCAGUAAUGUAUUCCUGAAACUUGAUGAGGCUGUGAUUAAAAAGUAAUGCAAAUGAGAACCUAUUAAAAAUUAUGCUGUGUCAGAUUUCAGUCUGUUUUACUGUGUGCUUGUACGAUUCCAGUAAUUGUGUGCACAAAUCAAGUAACUGGCGCAAAAGUUACAUUGAGCUUGGAGCUGACGGAAAAUUGAACAUUUUUCAUUAUUACAGAUUUUAGAAUAGUCAGUGUGUUGAAAUGAGCAUUUCUCAACUCUUGGUCAUAGGUGAUACUAAGCAAUGAGUAACCAACAACUAAACAUCAAUACCUUUAUGAGUGCAAGAUGUUAUAAAUUAUUAAUGGAUGACAGUAACUGUAACUCUUAGUAGUAGUGUUUUGUUAGGGCAAGCACAAUCUACAGCAGGAGCAAAUGCACUUUAUAAUUUAGUUAGGUGGUAGUUCCAUCCAGAUAAAUAAUGAACCAGUGCUAGUUCUGAAUCACUACUGAAUCACUGUUUUCCUGAUGCUUUUGUUGUCUAAAGGUUGGGAUGUUGUGAAGCUUAGUAUUUGUAAAAUUUUUGGGAUUGCCAUCCUCUUGUAACUUUACAACGAAAUACCUUUAUUUUUAGCCUAUUUUUUCCUGAGUCACAGUCCUUUUUAACUGUUACAAUAAUGUUAUGACACACAUUUUGUGCAGGAUACUAUGGGAAGCCCAUCCAAAAUGAAACAAUUGUUUUUAAAAAAAUCUGCAAAUUUUUAAUGAAUCAACUUUUUCUGCUGUUGAAAUCACUUGAGGAAUGUAAUUCAUUAGCUUAGAUACUAUUUGCCUAUAGUUUAGUGUUUCUGUAUACAGUGUAAGUUGCUUUCUGUUUUUAUUGUAAUAAGGCUUCUUCUACUUGGUUCAAAUAAAGAUGAGAGCUUACAUAUGGGGUUUCUACUACUUUCAGGGAAGAGUGAAUAUUUAAAAUACUGAAAAUAAUAGACUUGAUUUAUUGAAGAAUUACUUAGCACAGGUGUAGAAAAGUACAGAAUGUUUUGAGAAGAACAAGUUUAUUUCAAAAUGUAAUUUUGUGCCUGAAGGUAACAUUCUUUGCUAUUGAGCAUGACUUUGGGGGGAAAAAAUGUGUUACAAGAUGUAGAAAGAUAGUAGGACUUGAAAAUACAGACACUUAUUUACAUAUUCAGAGUACAAUGGAGUAAAACUGUGAUAUCUUGCACAAAUGAGACCUUAUAAGUACAAAACAUAGCGAAAAGAUGACUUCUUGCCCAUGAUACUGUUUGUAUUGUGAAAGUAAGCAUACAAGGAUGUACAAAGUCAUACUUGGUCUGUGAUUUUUUUUUUUUAACACUUCUGUGAAAUUUCUGUCUAGCCAGCUAUUUUCAUCUUAUUUGUGCUGAUUAUUUGUGGAAGUGAAAUACUUGACAUUUGUCCUUAUUUUGUGUAUUUUGGACCAUUUCCCCAAUUUCUCAUUAAUGAUUUAAGAACUCUCUUCAGCUUGGUCUUACAGUCAAUUUUUUGAAGAACUGAAGCUUGUUAAGCUUCUCUAUUCCAUUAUUUUUUUGCAUACAUUGACAGGUGUUUUUUCAGUAUUGUAGCUUGGAGAAUUCUAGUCUUAUUUAUUCAAUAUAUGCAUCACCUAAGAGGAGGCUUAAUAGGUUUUCCUGGGUCUUGAUUCUUGGCAAACAUCUAAAGCUUUUCUUCCUCUACAGUCUAAAAAAUGAAUUUAUUUUCUCCAUAUGCAGCUGGAGACAUGAGUCUGUACUGGUAUUGAACUACUAGCAUUCAACAUCUCUGCACUGAGCCUCGGCUCCUGGAGCUUCUUUUUCUUCUUUUCGCCCAUGUCUCCCCCACCAUUUCACAAGACUGCACAUCCUACUUGUAGGUUUGGGAACCUCUGUGUUUUAAUACUGGUCUUUCUUCCUUCCAGUGUCUUCUGAUGAUUUUGAAGAACUUCUCAAUGGCCCAGAUCUCUUUGAGAAGUGUUUCUCAAAAUUCUAAUAUGGAGAUGAAUCGAGAAAAACUAUGUACCAGUAAAACUGAUGUGAGCUCAGAAUCUGCUUAUCAUUGCUCAGCAUGUCAUGAUGAUGAGGAGUGGAGCAGUACUAGCCGGGGUCGAGCUAAGUCACGAAGCCUGUCUGCUUCACCAGCCCUAGGAAGCACCAAAGAAUUCCGGAGGACACGCUCCUUGCAUGGACCAUGCCCAGUGACCACCUUUGGACCAAAGGCCUGUAUGCUGCAAAAUCCGAAAACGAUCAUGCACAUUCAGGACCCAGCAAGCCAGCGGUUGACAUGGAACAAACCUCCCAAGAGCAUCCUUGUUAUUAAAAAGAUACGUGAUGCUAGUCUGCUGCAGCCUUUUAAAGAACUCUGUGUGUAUCUUACUGAGGAGAAUAACAUGAUAGUGUAUGUAGAAAAAAAAGUUUUGGAAGACCCAGCCAUAGCUAAUGACGAUAAUUUUGGACCAGUGAAGAAGAAAUUUUGCACCUUCAGAGAAGAUUAUGAUGAUAUCUCCAAUCAGAUAGACUUUAUCAUAUGCCUGGGAGGAGAUGGGACCUUACUUUAUGCUUCUUCACUUUUUCAGGGUAGUGUACCUCCAGUUAUGGCUUUUCAUCUGGGAUCCCUUGGAUUUCUUACUCCAUUUAAUUUUGAGAAUUUUCAAUCCCAAGUCACUCAGGUUAUAGAAGGCAAUGCAGCACUUGUUCUACGAAGCAGGCUGAAAGUGAAAGUGGUAAAAGAGAACAGAGAGAAGACAACAAUACAAAAUGGUAUAGAAGAAAAUGGAGUAGUGUCUACAAAUAUAGAGAAAGAAGUGGGCAAACAAAUUAUGCAAUAUCAGGUCCUAAAUGAAGUUGUAGUGGAUCGUGGUCCUUCUUCAUACCUUUCCAAUGUAGAUGUCUUUCUAGAUGGACACCUUAUAACCACAGUGCAAGGGGAUGGAGUCAUUGUCUCCACACCGACUGGUAGCACCGCAUAUGCAGCUGCGGCAGGAGCUUCUAUGAUUCAUCCAAAUGUUCCUGCAAUAAUGAUCACUCCAAUCUGCCCUCACUCGUUGUCUUUCAGACCUAUUGUUGUUCCUGCUGGAGUGGAGCUCAAGGUUAUCUUAUGUUAUUUCUCUUUUCAAGCCAAAAGCUUCUGUAAGCAUGUCAGCCUGGCCAAACUGAAGAGAUUAUGCUUUCCCCGGAUGCCAGGAAUACAGCAUGGGUUUCAUUUGAUGGCAGGAAGAGACAGGAAAUAUGCCAUGGAGACAGUAUUAGCAUCACUACCUCUUGCUAUCCCCUUCCUUCGAUCUGUUUCCGAGAUCCUGUGAGCGACUGGUUUGAAAGUUUGGCUGAGUGUUUACACUGGAAUGUUCGGAAGAAGCAAAAUAAUUUUACUGUUGAAGAAGAAGAAUUUUAAGUAUCUACAUCUAAAAAGACUCAUGGGAAUGGAAAGUGGCAGUAUCCCUUCUGUUAAAAUGUUUGGGUUUCAAGUUUUUGGCUAACGUGUGGAGACAGAAAAACAUAUACAGUGAUGUACCUCAUACCAGUCUGAUCUGCCAAUGGCCCGAAAUCAUUGUACUGCUUCCUGUCCACCAGGAAAAGGAAUGGAAGAAAUUAGGCUCUGAUUGUUGUAAUCCAGAUUUAAUUUCCUUUAAAUGAGAUAUUUCAAAAUGGAUUAUUUCUGAUGGUAUUGACAAGUAAGUCUGUAGAUUUGAUUGUAACCAAUAACUUGCCAACAACAUGGUAGGCUCUAUGCAGCUACAUAAUAGAAUAGUGGCAUAUUUAAUUUGGUAUACUUAUAAUUCCAUUGGUUAAGAUUUUUUCUGUAUAUAAAGCCUUUAAGGAGUUUUCUUUUAAAAGAAGCUCUUCGUUAGCUUAAAUAUAUCUUGCUCCGAAUGUCUCCCUAUCAAGCAACAUUCAUAAUACUUUCUCCAUAGUUGCAAAUGGGACAAACUAUGAAGGAACACCCAGGAAUAUGUUUUCUAUGAAUAGAUGGAACUAAUUUAGAAAAACAAGAAGGAAAAAGCUCGUAUGCACAUUUGGUUGAACAGUGUUUGACCCUUAGCUGUCAUCACUGUAUAAAUAUCCACAAAUAGCAUGGACAGGUGUUAGUGUGGGCUGACUUGGGGUUACAGUGACUUACAUUUUUGUAGCUGAGCUAGUUUGUAGCUCUGCAGUUUCUGUUGGUGAAUCGUCAAUGUGUUCGAUUUCUUACUGUUUUUGUUUAAUUGUCUGGAAUGAAUGGUAGCAUUAGAGGCUACAGAGUUAAAAUUUCACCAGCUGCUCAAGAAGAGUUUGGAUUUGAAUUACUACUAUAUUGUCUAGUUCCAUUGUCUUGAAGAAAAACAAUAUCCUAAACUAGGUCCUGAAUGCCUUCAACGUUCACAAAUAUCAUCUUCCAACUUUGGCUGCUGAGUAAUACAGAAGGGGAUACUGCAUUGGUAGGCUGAUCAGUGAGAAAACACAUUCCCAGUAUAGUAGCAAUGGUGCCUUCAGCACACUCAAGGUAUUCUAAGUCUCGUAUGUACUUUUUUAAGAUGCUUUCAGAUGUUUCUAACUUCUUGAUGUACAUAUUUUAUUGUACAUGCUUUUAUGAAAAGCAGUUUUGAAAAAGGGCUUGUGUUGUAUGUUAACUGAAAAAAUAUAAAGCCCAAGUAUAUUGUUUACAUUUAUGUUCUUUGUGGUGCAGUCUCAUGAUGAUACUAUCCAAACUGUAGCAUUUUCAAACUGUUGCUGCAUUGGCCGUUAAAGGAAUGGACAUUAUCUGUUGUAUAUAUGGCCUAUGCUAUAAUAUUGUGGAGGAAUUAAUUUCUUAUUGAUUAAGGUGGGAUUUCUUUGCAAGCGGAUUGAGAAGCUCUGUUGAGCUAGCUCUUCAUGGUUGUCUUAUGUUGUUUGUGUGGUCCAAGGCGGUAAAGGGAAAUUUAUUAAUUUCUGAACUCUGCAUAACCUGCUCUCCUCUAGUGGUUUAAUGAAUGUGGUCUCCUCAUUUUUGGAUGCUACCCUAGUCUGUCUAAUUUUAUUAAAUCAAGAUGAGAGCACUUUUCCAUAAACCAGAAGCAAGCUCUCAGAUGAGGAUACAAAUCACAAUGGAAUUGUGUUACUAUGAUUAAUAGUUUGUAAAUUUUGUAAAAUAGAAUACUGGUUUAAUUUAGUCUAAACAGACAAAUUUUAUGAUAUCUUGGAAAAUUUUCAGAUCGCUUUUGAGAUUUGUCUUUCACUUCAAUCUGCAGUAAUCUGUAAACUGUUUUGAAGUUGCUUACAGGUUUUGUAGAUGGAAUAUUCAGUUAUUAAAUAUCUGUUUACUUCUUGAGCUAUAGAAGCAUCAAACUUUUUGCUUUGAAACCAUUCAUUUUCUUAUUUAAACAUGCAAUAAUUGAGACAAAGAACAGGGUACAGUGGUUGUAUAAAUGUAUUAAGUGCAAAAUAAGCAGAAUACUAGGCACGUUAGGAAGUGGAAAUCAUUUUGAGGAGGUGAGAUGAAAUGAUUAAUGAGCCUUAUUUAGCUUUUUUUUAAAAGAUAAAACUAUAUUCAGCACUUUUUAUUUAUACUUUUUCGUAAUAGUAAAUCUCAUGGAGUAAAUUGUCAACUUUAAUUUUCAGAGUGUAUAGUUCAUGAAAUCUGUAAACAAAACUUAUUUAACUUCUGUCUUUAAAUUAGAUUUACUGGGGUGUCUUUAUCAUGCAUUGUAAUUGCAUUAUGGGCUUUGAGGCUUUUGCAGUUUUGCUUGUACUACUAUUCCCGCUUGAUGACAAUCUUAUUUGGAUCACUGCUCAGUCAAGUAUAGAGGUACAACCACUGACUACAGGGGAAAAAAAAGUCAUAUGAUUUACUUCAGAAAAGCUGCUUUGAUUAUAAUAUUACUAGCUGCUCUUUACCAAAACACAAUCCAAAUUAUUUGUGUUAAUACAUUACAAAUUUAUCUGACUGUCCAAAGUCCCUUUUCAGGGCCUUUACUCCUCAAAUCAGCAAUUCACAAGCAGGAUAGUGAGGUUUGAUUGGCGUUCAGGUUUUGCAUACUUAACUGCUUAAAGUGUGUGUGUGUGUGUGUGUGUGUGUGUGUGUGUGUGUGGAGGGGGCAACUUCUGUUCCAACUAGAGCUGAGUUGGAAAAAAGCUCUAAUGCAGAUUUGGUUAUUUUGCAGCAAAAAACUCAUUUUGCUGAUGUAGCUUACUCCAUUACAGGAACUCCUUUAAGUUGAACUAGUAAAGUAGCUUUUUGCUGGUUAUGAGCAGUAUUUCUAAUAUAAGGGUUUGUUCAUGUUACGAUUUCUACAACCCCUUUCCAAUAUAAAAAGAGCCAAAAGGGAGGCUUGGAAAUGAAUUUGUUUAGAAGAAAAUCAGUUACACUCUAGUAGAGUUUAAGCAUUUAUUAAAAAUUGAUGUAAUAUGGUAUAAUGCAGAGUGUACUGAAUUUUUUUAAAGAAAAAUCUUGUUACAUAUUGUUAAUGUUCCGAAAACUUGUUUUAAAUAUUGUUGAAAACAAAUAUUUUUCGAUCCUUUCAAUAAAUUCUUUUUUUAAAGUUGGA